AUGGACAACGGUGAUAUCAAUCUUGAAGAAGGGGAGCUUGAUGUAGAUCUCAGCGAUGAGGAGGGAUGCAAGUUCAAAAAUGAAAAUGAUUUAAAAAAGGAAGAAAAGCUAGAUAAAGAAACUGAAGUAAAAAAGCACAAGAAGAAAGAAAAAAAGGCUAAGAAGGAAAAGAAGCAUAAGAAGAAAAAGAAGAAACAUAGGCAUGACAACAAGGAGAAAUGUUCUCUUAAUAAUGGUGAUGUUGUUCAGCCACCUGUGAAUGAAGCAAAGGUAGAAGAUCUCGGAAGUCCCAAAAAAGAAAUUGAUGACGCCCCAUAUGUUCCAAAACGCGUCCCUAUCUCUCUGGAGGAGCUGAUUUUAAAAAGGAAGGCGGAAGAGGCAGAAUUAAUCAAACCGAAAUUUAUAUCUAAGGAGGAGCGUAUUCAGCAAGCCAUCCAAAGAAGACAAGCUGAAGUUCAAGCUCAACGUGAAAAACAGAUGGAGGCCUUCAAAAAACAGACCGAAUAUCUUGAAGGGGCUAAAGGUUACACGCUUAUCUACUCUUAA